AUGUCGCAUGUAAUGGAAGUGAAACACCUAUUUAGUAGGUUGUUUUCUAUGAAAAAUGGGUUGAGUGCGAAUAGAUGGGUUGUAAGAAAUUAUACCCAGGACAUCGAGAUAUCGGCAGCUGCAGUGAACAGAGGCAAUGUCACCCCUUUGCCGCCAUUGUCUGAGCCCAUGCCAAACCUGCCGCCAGUGGCUUACGCUUCAGCUGAGACUGAUGAUGCUCUAACAGAAGUCACUGUGCUUAGCAAUGGAUUGAGAGUGGCAUCAGAGAAAAAGUUUGGGCAAUUUUGUACCGCUGGUGUGGUCAUUGAUUCUGGUCCAAGAUAUGAAGUGGCUUACCCUAAUGGUAUUUGUCAUUUUCUUGAAAAACUAAGCUUUGGUGCCACACAUAAAUAUGCCACCCGAGAUGUCAUGCACAAAGAGCUUGAGAGACAUGGAGGUAUCUGUGACUGUCAAGCAUCCCGUGACACCACUGUCUAUGCCACCAGUGCAGAUUCUAGAGGUUUGGGAGCUAUCACUCAGGUUUUGGCUGAAGUGACAAUGAGACCACAGCUUUCUUCAGAUGAGAUAGAGUCAGCAAGACAGGCUGUUGCUUUUGAACUGGAGACUCUGUCUAUGCGGCCUGAACAAGAGAACAUAUUGAUGGAUAUGAUCCACAGUGCUGCAUACAAAGGAAACACUCUUGGUCUACCUAAGAUCUGCCCAAGUAAUAAUGUUAAUAAAAUUGACCGCAACAUUAUCCUGAACUACCUUAAGAACCACUACACACCUGAUAGGAUGGUGGUUGCAGCUGUUGGUGUGGACCAUGAACACUUUGUGGAAUUUGUCCAAAAAUAUUUUGUGGAUAUGAAGCCCACUUGGCAUGUUGAUGAAGCAUUCACACCUAAUGUUGAUUGCUCCAUCGCACAAUACACUGGGGGAAUAGAACAGGAUGAUUGUGAAAUUCCUCUGUAUCCAGGAUCUGAUCUACCAGAACUAACUCAUAUUGUUAUUGGAUUAGAAAGUUGUUCACACAGUGACCCUGAUUUUGUGCCGACAUGUGUGUUGAACAUGAUGAUGGGUGGUGGAGGCUCAUUCUCAGCUGGUGGCCCUGGCAAGGGAAUGUACACACGUCUUUACACUAAUGUCCUGAACAGAUAUCACUGGAUGUUCAAUGCAACAGCGUACAAUCACGCAUAUAGCGACACGGGACUGUUUUGCAUCCACGCUGCCUCACCUCCUAACCGCAUUUAUGACACUACACUGGUAAUUGCACGAGAACUUGCAAACAUGGCUGGCAAAGUUGGUGAAACAGAACUACGGAGGGCAAAAACCCAGCUACAGUCCAUGUUAUUGAUGAAUUUAGAAGCAAGGCCAGUCGUCUUUGAAGAUGUCGGCCGACAAGUACUUGCGACAGGCAAGAGAAAGCCACCUUCAUUCUUCAUGAACGAGAUUGAAAAAACAACAAGUGAAGAUAUAAUUCGUGUUGCACAACGAAUGUUGAAUACCAAGCCAGCAGUAGCAGCUCGAGGAAAACUCGCACACCUUCCCACUUAUGAUGAAAUCCAAGCCAACAUUUCUACCGUCAAAAGUGAUACAAGCAAAGGAAGAAAACUUAAUCUUUUUCGCGCUUAG